GAAGACGCGCUUCCGGCAGCCUUGAACCGCUGGUGAACACAUCAGCCUUCCGGACCUGAUACGACCUGAUAUUUCAGGCCUCUCGGAGCCCAUCAGCCGCCGAGUUCAGUACCUGCGAAGUGGCAGUCCAUAGUGGAGUCUCCUUGCCUCGGUCCAAGUCCACAUCUCCCUGUGUCUGGGCUGCCCCAGCAUUAGACGACCCCAGGACACUGUGAUUGGCGUCCGAGUCCGCUGAUGAUCCAGGAGAGAUGUGUCAAGAUACUCUGAGAAAUAUUCCAGGUCUCAUUUAAGUGUUUUGCCUUGCAAAUCAUUCAGGAUUGGUAAUAAGUUAGUGGGGUGAGUUGGAAAAUAUGGACACUAUAGCCUAAUAUACUCUUGCAGCUAUUAGUCUACUAAAGACCCAAACUCUACCUUGUGGUUCAGUCCAGUAGGAAUUGUCACAGUGUAUGACUGUGAUAUUAACAGUUAUAUUUCUCUUAAUUUCUUCAGGAAGAACGUCCUUGGUCCAACAGUGUUGCUGACACUGACUUUUUCUAAGUGGUCUUGAACUGCCUAGUUUUUAUGUCAAUACCUGGCUAGACCUCGUAUUCUUCACUACAGAAGCCCUUAACCUGCAGUUGCUAGAGAUUUUAAAACACUGCCUUUAGGAUACCAUCCACAUUUAACUUGGGAGCUCUUCCUUUGUAAUUCCAAAAUGUUGAGAUACUGGGGAGAGAUACCAAUCUCGUCAAGCCAGACCAAUAGAAGUUCUUUUGACUUGCUCCCUCGGGAGUUCCGACUGGUAGAAGUCCAUGACCCGCCUCUGCACCAACCCUCAGCCAACAAGCCCAAGCCCCCCACUAUGCUGGACAUCCCCUCAGAGCCCUGCAGCCUCACCAUCCACACCAUUCAACUGAUCCAGCACAACCGACGUCUGCGUAACCUCAUCGCCACAGCACAGGCCCAGAAUCAGCAACAGACAGAAGGUGUAAAGACUGAAGAGACUGAACCUCUUCCGUCCUGCCCUGGGUCACCUCCUCUUCCUGAUGAUCUCCUUCCUUUAGAUUGUAAGAAUCCCAGUGCACCAUUCCAGGUCCGGCACAGUGACCCAGAGAGUGACUUUUAUCGGGGGAAAGGGGAGCCUGUGACUGAACUCAGCUGGCACUCCUGCCGACAGCUCCUCUACCAGGCAGUGGCCACAAUCCUGGCCCACGCGGGCUUUGAGUGUGCUAACGAGAGCGUCCUGGAGACCCUGACUGAUGUGGCCCACGAGUACUGCCUGAAGUUCACCAAGCUGCUGCGCUUUGUUGUGGAUCGGGAAGCCCGGCUGGGGCAGACUCCUUUCCCUGACGUGAUGGAGCAGGUGUUCCAUGAAGUGGGCAUCGGCAGCGUGCUCUCCCUCCAGAAAUUCUGGCAGCACCGCAUCAAGGACUAUCACAGUUACAUGCUGCAGAUGGCGUUAAGUGCUAUGAACCAGGAGCAAAACAGUGAGACGACACUGCCCUCAAAGGCUGACUAUCCAACUUGCUUUGAACAUUCCUUUGGAAAAUUGACUCUUGCUUGCCAACAGAUUAGUAAGCAGCUCUCUGAAGAGUAUGAGAGGAUCGUCAAUCCUGAGAAGGCCACAGAGGACACGAAGCCUGUCAAGAUCAAGGAGGAACCUGUAAGCGACAUCACCUUCCCUAUCAGUGAAGAACUGGAGGCCGACCUUGCUUCUGGAGACCAGUCACUGCCUAUGGGAGUCCUCGGCACUCAGACCGAGCGCUUCCCAUCUAACCUGGAGGUCGAGGCUUCACCACAGGCUUCAAGUACAGAGGUAAAUGCUUCCCCUCUUUGGAACUUGGCCCACGUGAAAAUGGAGCCUCAAGAGAGUGAAGAAGGCAACGUUUCUGGGCACGGCGUGCUGGGCAGUGAUGUGUUCGAGGAGCCAAUGUCAGGCAUGAGUGAAGCUGGGAUCCCCCAAAGCCCUGAUGACUCAGACAGCAGCUACGGCUCCCACUCCACUGACAGCCUCAUGGGCUCCUCCCCUGUUUUCAACCAGCGCUGCAAAAAGAGGAUGAGGAAAAUAUAAAAGGCAAAGAGGGAGACCUCUUCAGACCUAGAAGACCCAACAGAAACUCUGAUGGAUUCUAAUUUGUUUCCACAAAUAAUGAUUGAACUCUUAAAACACAAUGGGUUUUCCUGAUAUCAGUGGAGCUGGAUUUAACCAAAUAAGUCUACUUUUACCUUCUGCAUCCAGUUUUUGUUUUCCACAACCAAGCCACCUUUCACAGAUAUCACACCGGGAUGGUGAUCCAGAGACCAAAACGGUGUCCCUGACUUGUCUUUACCAUGUGACAAGUGACUUAGCUUCUCUCAAGCUGUUUCUCUUGCACAACCGAGAAGAAUCACACUGGGUCUGGCCUACACUGCAUGAAGAUGAAGAUGCUAUUAAGCUUCACAGCUGUGCUUGAACAGACUCACAUAUAUGCUGAUAUCAGAUGUCAAUUUUUUUCUUUUAACUUGCUUCAUUUUUGGUUCAAGUCAUUGGGAAUCCAAUGGAAAUAGCUAAACAUUGCACAGCUUAUCUAUCAGUACUUUUUUUCGAACUGUUUCUGCUGCCCACAGAAUCUCCUGUGAAAUCACAGCAGUCUGUGAACAGCCUUUUUGCUUAUCCAAAUAGCCCUCUCCUAUCUCAACCAUAUAUUUUUCUUCUUCCUUCUCUAGACUUAGUCCAUGUAUUCCAAUUCUCUUUAUUUCCAGUCAGAUUUUUUUUUAACAUUGGGUUGGCCAAAAAAGUUCAUUCAGGCUUUUCCAUAUGCUAUAGAAAAACCCAAACGAACUUUUUGGGCAACCCAGUAUUUUCAGCAUGUACAUUUUUCAGUUGCUCUUUUCAUUUUCUCCUUUUUGAAUGAUUAAACUGAUGGCUCAUCAGAGUCUGCCCGCAAUGCAGGAGACUUGGGUUCAAUCCCUGAGUCAGGAAGAUCCCCUGGAGAAGGGAAGGGCAACCUGCACCAAUAUUCUUGCCUGGAAAAUCCCAUGGACAGAGGAGACUGGCGGGCCACAGUCCAUGGGGUCGCAAAAAGCUGGGACACGACUGAGCGACUAACACUUCCACUUUGUGAAUGAAGCAAACAGGACCUGACCGUAGACAGACUUGUGCCUGUUUCAUUUGUUGCAUCUGCUUGGCCAUCAGAGGACAGUGGUCCAUUCCUUUACCAGAAUUCUACAUCUGCACACUGUACUUCUACUGGAUGGGCAGCCUCUAAAAGGCUAACAAUAUGCACCUUUCUGCUUUACAUCAUGUCCUGAACAGCUUGACUGCUGUUACUUAUCCAUCGCAGUAUCUGCCCUACUUGGCAUCUGAUAGUGUCAAUCAUUAUUUAUUAAAUACUUGAUGUAGCACUGGAAUAAUCAGGAGUAAUUAGCAAAUGUGUGCAAGUUAAGUACUGCUGAAGUUUGCUUUGGGGGUGCAGAAUACAAGUCUUGUGAAAUUUAGAGCACUCUUUUAGUAGACUAGAAAUCAAGGCCCAUAUCACUGAGUGCCUUAAAUGUCUCAGGUAUUGGGAAUAAAUAUGAAUACAACAGCAACAAAAUAAGGUUAUGAUUUAAACUGUUGCCAAAGCAUUUGUAAGUUUGCUAAUUGGACAUCCUUGGCAUGUUUAAACCUUUCCUGUUCCAGGUUUAGUUUCAUUUCCCCUUAUUUGCUUCCUCUGUGGCUCAGCUGGUAAAGAAUCCGCGUGCAAUGCGGGAGACCUGGGUUCGAUCCCUGGGUUGGGAGGAUCCCCUGGAGAAGGGAAAGGCUACCCACUCCAGUAUUCUGGCCUGGAGAAUUCCAUGGACUGUAGUCCAUGGGGUCGCAAAGAGUUGGACACAACCGAGCGACUUUCACUUCACUUCACUUCCCCUUAUUUACUGAUGAAAGUACACAUCUGGUGGUCAGUUUCUAGAAAGUAGCCAUUUAGUAUUUAAUUAGUUCACUUAGCAAACAUUUAUUGAGUACCCAUUAUGUACUGGGUCCUUUGCAAGGGAUAUAUACAGAUGCGUAAGGCUGUCUCUGCUGUUAAUGGAGCUUAGGCCAGAUGAUUUCCUCUUAAAUGAAAAAGUAUUCAAAGGCACUAGGGAAAAAAACAGGUAUGUACAAGUUUGCUGUCCAAGUGGUUCCCUCUUAAAGAACAAGUUCAAGUUUUUAGACCAGUGGUUCCCAUUAGUUACAUAGUAUUGAAAUUAAUACUUUAUGUAAAACAAAAUAUUUUUAUUUUUAGAAGAUUUAAAUUGAAGAAUAGGCACUAGAUGGCCAAGGUUCAAGUACUCUGAUAAAGGUCAUAAGAGCAUUGAUACCUGAGAUUCACCUGGUCUGGAAUUAUGCCAUAGGCUGUUUGAGUUAGAACACUGUUCUGAACCUAGCAUGCAUCAGAAUCCCCUGGAGGCCUUGUUAAAACAGACUGCUAGGCCCCAUGCCCCACCCCCAGUUUCUGAUUUUGGUCUUGAAUGUCCCAUUUCUGGUAACUUGCCAGAUGAUGCUGAUGCUUCUGUUCCAGAGACCACACUUUGCGAGCCACUGAACUGAAAUACAGGUUAGGCAGGAAUAAAAUGUCUUAAGAGAAAUAUUACUAUGUUUUAAGAUACUGUGAAGAAUGUGGAGGCGAAGCAAACCCUUACCAGGGCUAUUAUGCAUGGAAUGUGCACCUGACCCAAACCCAUGUCCUUUGAGUAAAUCACUAAGGAAGGACACACUGCAUUAAAGUACAAUACAAACAGGGCCUGGCUUCAUUGCUCGUUAUUAGGUGUGGUGUGUACACAGAACUUUAGUAAACAUCAUGUGGCUUUAAAUCUCUCUUCUGAACUGAAGUGACUAUUUGUGAUGAUUUUCUUACUUGAAAUGAUGACAAGCAGGCUUACAACAGAGUGAAAAUUAAAAACUCUUUAUCUAAGCCACC